CCACUCGCUCGUCGGACGUCGUCGCGUACAGAUGUGCUGUUAUCUGUUGUUUAUUACACGCGAGCGAUAGUGUACCAUCCAAACGCGCGCGUUUACAUUCUGUGGUGUUUCUCCAUUGCUCGAUUACUUUAUUUUCUUUAUCUAUCGAGCUUUAUCUUCUUCUAUUUGACAAAAAAAAAAAAAAAAACGAUACGAACUAACGAACGAACGAACGAACGAACAAACGAACGAACGAACAUACGAACGAACAUACGAACGAACGAACGAACGAACGAACGUACCAACGUACGAACGAACUAACGUAAAAACGUGACGGAAGGUCAAUGGUGUGUGUGAACAAGAGAGUUUAGUGUGACAGUGCACGGAUAUGAAUUCUCGAGACGACCGCCAUGCGUCUCCUUCGCCAACGAAGGAUCCUUCCUGGAGACACGGAUUGAUGCCACGGGAUCGUUUCUACGGUGAAGAGCCACUCGAUCGUCCUAACUUAUCGUCUUCAACUCGAUGAAGAACGAUUGGCCAAGGAAGACGACGGCUCUCGACGGUGAGGAUCUGUUUUCUUAAAAAGGAAAGAUUAUAAAAAAGGAAGAAUUGAUACAUCAACAAAAUAGUUCGCGCCUUUUUUUUAAUUAACUUCUGCCUUUUACAUCGUCGAGAGAAGGAAAGAGAGAAAGAAAGAAAGAAAGAAAGCAAGAAAAAGAGAAAGAGGGAGGGAGAAAGAUAGAGAGAGAGAGAGAGAGAGAGAGACAUUGUGUGUUCAACGAGAAGGAUAGUGUAUUAUCUCAAGGAUCUAAGAGUAAGAGUGAAAAAGCCGAGUAUCCGAUUUCUUGACGGUUGUGAUAAUUCGGAGCUACUUCGAAUUGGUUUGAAAUCGAUAAUAAAAAAUAAAAAAAAAAAAGAAAAGAAAAAAAUAAAAAACGUGACACGCAAGUGGUGGCCCGCGAGGAAAGAUAAACCUCGUAAGUUUUCUUAGAGAUUUUCUUCCCAAGGAGAUUGUAAGAUCGACCAACCCACGGCAUGCCGUGGCUCGAGGCAAGAGGCAAGGGUCUAAAGGUACUCCGAUUCAAGAGGAUUUCGCUAAUCCUGUGACGAGGAUGGUUUUAACGGUUGGCCAAAGUGCAAAAUGGAAACAUGGGGUUUCUACGGGGUGAAGUUAAUUCAAGAGAACCGGAAGAAGAGAACCGGUUUCCGUAUAGUCGGACCACAGUAAGGUCCGCGAAGGGGUUAGUGGGAGCAAGAUAAAAGAAGAAACGGGAGUUAGAGCGAGAAAGCAAGAGAGUGAGCGAGAGGUAGGACCCAAAAGCUUUUGUUUUUCGUCGUGACAAGCUGUCGGUGGGCUCCUUGGGCCCACCUCUCAUCGGUCAAGCUGGCGAGCGCUCUAACCGCUGGUAUGAACCCCCACCACCCGGGCCACCCCGCAGCCUACCCCCACCACUCGUCUUUGUCAAGUAGUCCGCAUCAUACAGGCCCCGGUGGGCCUCACCAUGGCUAUGGAGCGAACGGUGGCGGCGGAGGAGGUGGUGGUGGCGGUGGUGGAGGCACCACAACAACCCCGGACCUACCAAGUCCUCAUUCGCCACCCCAUGGAGUUGCCACGGACCCGGCUACUCCGUAUGGCUCUCUACAGGCAGGACAAGGUAUGGGCGCCAAUGGACAUCACCAUGGAGCCGGUAGUAUGAUGACCGACCAUCCGCACCAUCCAGGACAUCCCCAUCCCCAUCUACCAGGUCAUCCUGCUUACCCACCGGUCAAUCACAAUAACAACUGUACGCUUAAGCAAGAAGGCGGUCCAAGUGCACCAACGAGCACUCAGUUAUGCGCGGGUUGUGGCGGUCAGAUAGUCGAAAGAUGGCUGUUACUCGCGAUGGAUCGCUAUUGGCAUAAUGGUUGUUUGAAGUGCACAUACUGUAAUGCGGCCCUAGCGGAAAUCGGCCACUCGUGCUACACCAGAAGCGGCAUGAUCCUCUGCAAGAACGACUACAGAAGAAUAUUUGGCAGUAGCGGUGCUUGUGCAGGUUGUGGUAAUCCGAUACCUGCCAAUGAAAUGGUUAUGAGGACGGGUGGAUCGGUGUUUCACCUAAAGUGUUUCACCUGCAGCAAAUGCGGUGGUCAGCUUGUUUCGGGCGACAGGUAUUAUCUUCUAUCAGGUUCACCGGUUUGUGAAACGGACUGGCACAAGAUACUGAAAUCAUCGAGCGUCGCCGCAGCAACUGCGGCAGCAGCAGCAGCAGGCAAUGGGGGUGCACCGGUGAGGAAAGGUAAGGUCGGUCGGCCUCGAAGGAGCCGCGAAUGAGGCGGCAACCCGGUCGGUCGCCCGAAGAAGGUUCAACCCUCUCCACAAGCGACGCCCGUUGUCGUACCAACGCAGGUCGACGUUGCGGACGUUGCCGUAGGAGGGGAUCCCUAUUCGCCGCCUCCGCCGGGUCAUCAGCACUAUCACCAUCAUCAUCACCACCAUCAUCACGAACAUCAUCAGAUGAGUCUCGUGCAUCCGGGUUUGGCGGCUCAGCAAACGACGCACAUGCAACAGCCAUCGUCCGGCAGCUAUCAGGAUUGGCCGCCGUGGGCACAGGAUCCUUGUGACUGAAUAGACCCCUCUGAUCUGGUACUCUGCCAGGCCCGUGCCCGCCAUGCGUCUCUCUCUCGAAGAUCACGUCCUCCUCUCUCGUUGCAAGAAAAUUUCAUCAAAAAAGAUGACGUGAUUCGUGAUCGCAUCGGGAGAAUGUGCGUUGUGCGACGACUGAGAAUCAACCAUACGUAUGUAUGUACCGUUCGAUCGUCGUGAGUGCGUCAAAAACAAAAUUGUAUCGGUUGCCAUCUUGCUUUUUCGUUCGAUCUCUCGAAAAAAAAAAAAAAUUAGAAACGCCAAACUUUCGAGCACGCCCGGAGGACGAGUCGCCGUCGAUUUUUUUCUUUUCGCUCAACACGUCUGCUUUCUUAUCUUCUUUAUUCUCUUUCAAUCGAUGUUUGGUACGUGUACGAGGCAAAAGGAUGCUUUUUCCUUUUCGAUCUAAGCUUUCAAAUUAUGUUCCUCCGAGAAAUCGAAACGCACAGAACAGACAGGAGAGAAUUCUCAAAGAAAGAUGCACGAUGAACGUCAAUAAAGAAACUUGGACGAUUCAAACGAGCGACCCAUUUCAGAUACCUCGACUCUUAGAAAAUUAUUUUUCUUUCAAAAUUAUCAGUCCUUUCGUCUCGCCGAGCAGCACGUUCCGUAAACUCGUUAAGCGUUCCUUGUUCCCGUGAUCGUUAAUGGUGUCUCUCGCUGCAAGGUGAAACGACGUACCAACGUUAAGACUCUUAAACGAUUGAAACCGUCAUUUUAAUCUUCCUCGAUGGUUUCUACGUUGUCUCGCUCUCGUCAUUUUUUCUCUCUAUCUCUCUCUCUCUUUCUCUCUCUCCCUCCCCUUCUUCUCUCUCUCUCUCUCUCUCUCUCUCUCUCUCUCUCUCUAUCUAUCUAUCUAUUUUUGUUUCUUUUAUUCAUAAUAAUCGAACGGAACUCAUUCGUGUCGCGUGUGAAAAGCAUUCAACGAAGAUUAUCAAUUGAAUUCAUUGAACGAGAAAUGCAUAAGUGGUACACUACAUUCAUAGUGGUUAUGUAGCCGCCGACAGUUUCUUAAGAAACCGAAGUACGUAUCUUCUACGCGUGGUUACAUUGGCGAUAAGUAGGAACGCUUUCUUUUACAGCCAAUUGCUGCCUUCGAAUAACGGCUGUGAAUGUAGAAAGAUGUAAAUGUAUGAUCCCCUUAUUCCCUCGUAUGAAUCCUUGUUCAGGUCUUACAUGUAUGAUGUGUGUCAGAGAAAGAGAGACAGAUAGAUAUAGCGAGAGAGAGAGAGAGAGAGAGAGAGAGAAAGAGAGCAAAAGAGAGAGAGAGAGAGAGAGAGAGAGAAAGAGAGAAAUGAAAAGAUGGGGUCACGCAUAAAGCAAUUGGAAAUUUACAUCAGCAUCGAUCUGACACUUGCGAACUUUCGUACAUUUCUUCGAUCGCUGAGAUACAAAAAAGAAACGAACAUCAUUUUUAUUUUCUAUUGAAGAGACAUCGACAAUUUUGUGAUCGCGCACUUUUUAGAAAGUCGAAUUGAUCGACGAGGCGCAAGAGCAAGACAUGCACUACAUCAACAAACUUUUUUCAAGCGACAGGGUUACGAUCAUCCGCAAUAAAUGUAACAUAAAUGUAUAAUCUUAUAACACGUUGCGAUAUAAUCUAUAAUGCCGCACGUAGCCAAUGUCGUUUCUCGAAUGUUGGACAGGCUUUUAUCCCUUCCACUUCUGUUUUACAUGAAGAACAAGCCAAGGGUAAAGCUAAAGCGACACUGACGACGAGCCAAUUCGAAGCUCGAUAUCGAAACUAAAGACACAAGUUUUUGAUGUAAACUGUACCAUAAUGAAAGGAUACAAAAAAAAAAAAAAACACCUCGAUCGUUAUACGUUUACUCGUUCCGUUAUUAGCGAACUUUUGUCUCAAGAGCUCUGCGUACUUAAAACAAAAAAUAUUAAGGGCUCGUAGGUAGGACUUUUGAAGAAAGCGACGCGGCAAUCUUAGGAAUGAAAGAGAGGGAGCGAGGGAGAUAGAUAGAUAGAUAGAGAGAGAGAGAGAGAGGGAGAGAAAACAAACAAAAUAAAAUAAUUGUCCUAAGCGUGAAUCUAACGACCGAUCUUGAGACCAAGCAAUGCACUUUUUUUCCGUUAGUAUGUCAUCGGUCGUUGGAUCUCAACUUCUAACAACACGACACUCAACAAAUUGUUUCGUGAAAAAAGAGAGAGAGAGAGAGAGAGAGAGAGAGAGAGUGCGAAAAAAAAAAAUAGAGAGGAAAAAGUGCCGCGCCGAUGGGUCGUGUAAUUUAAUCUUGUACAUAGGGUACCAUUUUGUAUAUUGUUAAAAGUUUGUGUGAUAUAAAUGGUUAUGUAUUUACUAUUGACAAAAAAAAAAAUAAGCGGCGACGGGUCCACCGCGCGAAUCCAACGAGCAAUCGUCCGCGCGAUGACGUGCCAUUAAUUUUUUUUUUCUUUUUUUUCUUUUUCUUUUUUUUUUUUUUUUUUAAUCUUAAUGUCGCCAAAUGACGUAUCUCACGACAUAUAUUUUCGUUUUCUUUUAGUUUUUCUUUUUUUUUCCUUUUUCAAUUUAUUUCUUCUUUCCUUAAUUUUCUCUGAUCACAUUUAUCUAUUUGAAAUGUUAUUUCUUACGUUUAAUUGUUGUUUCGACGAAUCCUACUUUUUCUAUUUAUCGGUAGCUAUUUAAACGUCCCGCGGAUCGAUCGUCUGUUUCGCGCGCUUUUUUGACUCGUACGUCCGCGUUUAAAAAGACAGCAAUAAGAAAAGGUUCGAAAUGGUCCAGUAGAGUCGACAUCCUCUCGACUUCUGGAAUAAAUAAUGCUCGAACUGCAUCCUCGACUUCUGAAAUAAAUAAUAAUAAUUAUUAUUAUUAUUAUUAUUAUUAUGAUUAUUAUUAUUAUUAUUACUGUCAUCGAUAAUGGGCGUUCUUGGAUCUCGAGGCAAUGUGUGUAAAUAUAAAGGAAACGUGGGGACGCGCGCCGCAAUUUCCAAAAAUAAAAUGACAUUGGAACUUCGACGGGACACGUCCUCGGUUUUUCUUCGGCGAACGCGCGCACAGAUCGGCGACGAUCUUUGGCGUUUAGUUAAUUUUGUUAUUUGAUUUAUCUCGAUUUUUUCUUAAAAACCGGGACCGAACAUCUUUAAUGCGGUUUCGCAAGCCUCUUGUAAAAUACUAUUACACGGAAAGACUCGGACACACACAUACGAACACGUUUAUUAAUUAAUAAAAAUACAACUUUUUAGAAAAA